AGGUCCUGGGGAUGCUGGUGGGGUCGAUGAGCGCCCAUGCACGCUCCGCGUAUUGCCCCGCGGUUCGGCGGUUGUCGGCCAUCAUGGAUCGCCUGCGUGGCUACGUGAACAGAAGCGCCGCCGCUGAAGCAUUGCUGGCGCCCAAGCCGAAGUACUCUUCGUCAUGGAUUGCUCUCGAGCGAGCUUUGGCCUGUCCGGCUCGCCCACGGAUGCAAGAUGAAGCUCGCCGGGACGGUCGGCCAAGUUUGAUUUGAUUAGGAGACGAACUCGAGAGGAAAUCAACUAUGUCUCGACGUAUGUCCCGAUCGUUUCUCGUUCGCGCGCGGUUUGGUUUGUGAAGAGAGCAGUCCGAAAUCCGAAACAGAGCGUGAUUUGGUUUGCUUGGAAAUCGGUAAACCUCAGUCUAUUUAAGCAAGACACCAACCUCCAACUCCAAACUCGAUCGACUACCCCGACUCACCGCGACACGCGAUUCCCUCUGGGACUAGUAGAAGUCGAAGCAGUCCGUACGUCCGCAGCCAGCACCGCCGCAUCCGAUGGCGUCCACGCCGGCGCCGGCGCGGCAGCAGUGCUCCCCCGACGAGGUCGAGGACAUCAUCCUCCGCAAGAUCCUCCUCAUCACCUUCACGCCACCAUCCUCGCCCAACCCCGCCGUCGCCUACCUCGAGCUCACAGCCGCCGAGCUCCUGUCCGAGUCGCGCCCCCUCCUCGCGCUGCGCGACAACACCGAGCGCAUCCUCAUCGGCCGGCUCUCCCUCGCGGACCCGCCCGCAAACUCGCCGCCCCCCUUCGCCUUCCUCACCGCCGCCUUCCGCCGCGCUGCCGACGAGGCACGCAAGAUCAGCACAAUCCGCGACGCCGGCCUCCAGGCGCGCCUCAGAACAUCCAUCGCCCACACCCGCGGACUCAUCCUCUACUACGCGCGCAUCGUCGCCAGUAACCCAACCAUCUUCCCGUCGCCGCCCAAUGCGCCCCACCCGGCCGCGGAGCUGCUCAUCUUUCUACUCGCCGAGGCCACCGACUCGCUAGACCCUACCCCAGCCCCCGGCGCCCUGCCGCCGCCGGGCUUUCUGGACGAGCUCCUCGGGAACGUGGACUACGAGGCCAUCGAGCCGGUGAUGGGUGAGUUGUACGAGCGUCUCAAGCAGAGAGUUGACAAGGUGUCAGCGCUCGGUGACUUCCAGCGGCCACUCCGUGUGCUCAGGCGGCUGGUCGGAAUCCCCAGCUGCGCCAAGGCUCUAGUGCAACACCCCAGGUGGAUUCCAAAGAAUCAAACUAUGCUCAUUGGGGAAGGAAGAGCCAUAGAGCUCUCCAGCUUGCUCGGAGCCUUCUUCCACGUGAGCGCGAUCCCCGACCGUGAGUUCGCAAGCAAGCCCGAUGUCGGCCAACAGUGCUUCUCCUCACUCCGGCCAGCUGACUUGAUGUCAUCUUUCUCUACUAUCAAGAGUGUUAUGAAUUGCUUGCAGGACGGACUAAGGGAUGUUCUUUUGGUGCUGCUUAAAAAUCUGGAGACUCGAGACAAGGUCCUUGAGUACCUAGCAGAGGUGAUCAACAAAAAUGUGGGAAGAUCCGGCAUGCAGGUGGACCCUUUGAAAUGCGCUAGCUCGGGUAUGUUUGUCAAUCUUAGCGCUGUGAUGCUCCGUCUAUGCGAGCCUUUCUUGGAUCAAAUGGAGUCUAAGAAGGACAAGAUCGAUGUCAAGUAUCUGUUCUGCAACGAUAGAAUCAAUUUCAAAGAUUUGACCGCGAUAAGUGCCUCUUCAGAACAAGUGUCUUCAUGGACAGAGAGCUGGAGCCAUGCACAUGCUCAAGAUGAUCCCUGUGAUGGAGUGGCUUGCUCAGGCAAAAUUAGUAGUUCAGAGAGAGGCUCGAAAAAACAGAAUUUCUCGUUUAUUUGCGAAUGUUUCUUCAUGACAGCAAGGGUGCUCAAUAUGGGGUUGAUGAGAGCUCUAGCAGACUUCAAACACCUCUCUCAGGAUCUCGCAACAUAUGAAGAUGAUUUGGAAUCAAACAAAGCAUUGAGAGAACAAUCCGUAAGUUCACCACAGCUUGAGCAAGAUAUAGAACGCUUGGAGAAGAUGGUCGCGGCUUUAUCACAAGAAAAGUACUGCUAUGAAGCUCAGAUACUAAUAGACGGUGAUUUUCUUCAGCGUGCACUAUCUUUCUACAGAUUAAUGAUAUUGUGGUCAGCAGAUCUUGUUGGCGGAUUUAAGAUGCCUUUGCCAUCACAAUGCCCCAAGGAGUUUUCUUGCAUUCCGGAGCAUUUUCUUGAUGAUGCCAUGGAUUUACUUGCCCUAACCUCUGGAGUUGAUAAAGCUUUGGAAGGCUUCCCAUUGGAUGACUUCCUCAAUUUCAACAUCAUGUUCAUGGCCAGUUCUUCUUACAUUAAAAAUCCUUAUCUGAAAGCAAAGAUGGUUGAAGUUUUGAAUUGCUGGAUGCCACAAAGAAGCGGCUUGACAUCCACAGCCUCGUUAUUUGAGGGGCACCAACUAUGCCUUGAUUAUCUAGUAAUAAACCUUCUAAAGCUUUAUGUGGACAUUGAGUUUACUGGCUCUCAUACACAGUUCUUUGACAAAUUUAAUAUUCGACACAAUAUUGCUGAGCUUCUGGAAUAUUUAUGGGAUGUUCCUAGUCAUCGACAUGCUUGGAGACAAAUAGCUAAACAAGAGGAGAAGGGUGUGUACUUGAAUUUUCUGAACUUCCUUAUCAACGAUAGCAUCUAUCUUCUCGAUGAGAGCUUGAACAGAAUUCUUGAACUCAAGGACAUAGAGACUGAAAUGGCUAACAUUGUUGCGUGGAAUAGCAGACCCGCUAAAGAAAGGGAGGAGCGUUUGCGAGUACUUCAUCAGUCAGAGAAUGUUGUUCGUUUUGAUAUGAAGCUGGCAAAUGAGGGUGUUGGGAUGCUUGCCUUCACGUCAGAACAAAUUCCAGCACCGUUGCUUCUUCCUGAAAUGGUGGAAAGGGUGGCAAGCAUGUUAAAUUACUUCCUCUUGCAACUUGCUGGUCCACAAAGGAAAUCGUUGACCGUAAAAGAUCCCAAGAAGUAUGAGUUCAAGCCGAAGCAGUUGUUGACAAAGAUUGCUACCAUCUAUGUUCACAUCGCAAGGGGUGAUAAGGAAGAUAUCUUUCCUGCUGCAAUCUCGAAAGAUGGACGAUCAUACAAUGAGCAGCUGUUUGCUAGUGCAGGUAAUAUUUUGUGGAAGAUCGGGGUAGAUCCACAGAUCAUACAGGAGUUUACACAACUCGCCGGUAAGGCAAAAACUGCUGCCUCUGAGGCCAUGGAUGCUGAAGCAAUCCUUGGGGACAUACCAGAUGAAUUUCUGGAUCCAAUUCAGUAUACUCUCAUGGAAGAUCCUGUGAUAUUACCAUCGUCGAGGGUCACAAUCGAUCGUCCAGUUAUUGUCCGGCAUUUGCUAAGUGAUAGUACCGAUCCGUUCAACCGUUCCCAUCUCACACAAGACAUGCUUUUACCAGACAUAGAUCUCAAGUUGCGCAUCCAAGAGUUUGUCAGGUGUCAGCAGUUCAGGGCACGACCGGCUGCCAACUCCGAGAUGGGGGAGCCUGAUGGUGCUGCUGAUAUGGCCGAAUGAACUGCGAGGAGCUGGGAUAGACAAUUUUUGUCGAAACAUACAUUAUACUAUUCAUGAGGCAUCAAGUCGAUUAUAUGGGUUCUCCCCUACUUCUGCCCCUGCCUUAAUUCUUUGUAAAUGUUGUAAACUGAUCUCCGCAAAUCUAAAUUUAGCAUACAAAUCUAAUGACUCGGCAAGAAAAAGAACAUGUAUUGUCACUAGGUACAUUGGUCAUUCGGUUAUGGGAAGUCCAUUUGUUUUUUUUUUUUUUUUUUUUUUACCCGUUUUUUCUUUGUUUGUGCAACCUUGCAAACCAUCUGGUGACGUGGAAGUACGACGUCCUGACUGGGUUACUGAAUCCAACUUUUAGUCGUGAAAAACAUCUCAUUUGUACAAUUUUAUUGUUGUGCGCAUAUAAGGUACGCUGUCAUGUGUUGAGAAACACAAAUGAUUUGAUAUGGCAACAAGGACACAUAUAAGGUACAUGCCCAAGAGUAGACCAUUGCAACAUAGCUUAGUUACUCUGUCAGACCUGGGCAUUACAGGUCCGAAACAGUGACAAGUGCGUCGAGACUAAGAUUUAGAUGGUGAAGCGUGCAACUGUCGAUACUUCACAACUGAGCAGAAAUAAGAAUAGAUUAGUUGUUGUUUAGCAACUCU